AUGGCUCAGCGAUGGCAAUUCAUGGUGCACCGUGAUGCUCCGGGCUGCCAGGACCCCAGAGGGGGGCGCAAGGACCCCAAAGGGGAGCACAAGGAUCCCAAAGGGGGGCGCAAGGACCCCAGAGGGGGGCGCAAGGACCCCAAAGGGGGGCGCAAGGACCCCAAAGGGGGGCACAAGGACCCCAAAGGGGGGCACAAGGACCCCAGAGGGGGGCGCAAGGACCCCAGAGGGGGGCGCAAGGACCCUGAAAGUGGGCGCAAGGACCCAGAGGGGGGCGCAAGGACCCCAGAGGGGGGCGCAAGGACCCUGAAGGUGGGCGCAAGGACCCUGAAGGGGAGCGCAAGGACCCCAGAGGGGGAGCGCAAGGACCCCAGAGGGGGGCGCAAGGACCCCACAGGGGGGCGCAAGGACCCCAAAGGGGGGCACAAGGACCCUGAAAGUGGGCGCAAGGACCCCAGAGGGGGGCGCAAGGACCCCAGAGGGGGGCACAAGGACCCCAAAGGGGGGCACAAGGACCCCAAAGGGGGGCGCAAGGACCCUGAAAGUGGCCACAAGGACCCAGAGGGGGGCGCAAGGACCCUGAAAGUGGCCACAAGGACCCAGAGGUGGGCGCAAGGACCCCAAAGGGGGGCGCAAGGACGCAGAGUUGGGCGCAAGGACCCCAAAGGGGGGCGCAAGGACCCCAAAGGGGGGCGCAAGGACCCCAAAGGGGGGCGCAAGGACCCUGAAAGUGGGCGCAAGGACCCUGAAAGUGGGCGCAAGGACCCUGAAAGUGGGCGCAAGGACCCCAGAGGGGGGCGCAAGGACCCUGAAAGUGGGCACAAGGACCCCAGAGGGGGGCGCAAGGACCCCGAAGGGGGGCGCAAGGACCCCGAAGGGGGGCGCAAGGACCCCGAAGGGCAGCACAAGGACCCCAGAGGGGGGGCGCAAGGACCCUGA